GGUGGUAGCCAACAUAGAUGGGAGGGAGAGGAGCAGGGGAUGAAGUCAGAGGAGUGGCAGAGGGUCAGAGGACAGAGGGUCUUGUAGGCCAUUAUAAAUAUUUCGGCUUUUACCCUUAGUGAGAUGGGAAGUCAUUGGAGGCUCUUGAGGAGAUAAUACGGAAGCUGUAGAGAGGUUAAAUAGUUUUUCCAAGGUAAAACAGCUUGUAAGUGGCAGAAGGUAGGGAGUUAAGCUCCAAGGCUGAAGUUCUUAACCCCAUGCUGCCACUGAACUUUAGCCUUCUUUAUUUGGGCAUUGCUCUCCUGUGACUUCAAAGAAACUGGGACACUGGGAAGUUAUGCGGCUUGCCCAAGGCCACACAGCUGGUGUCUGGACCAUACUGGCUUCUCUUGCAUGGAGGUCACUGCAGUGGGAGAGGAGGCAAACCAAGGAGACCGUCUCGGCUUCGGGCAGCGGUGCUGUUCCUUAGGAAGCUCCAACCCUUGGCUCUACCGGACUGCGGGCAUCUUUCCCGAGCACUGCACGGAAGAAAAGAAAAUUGGCCCUUAUUUCAGGGUGGCCCCUCAGGCAUCCAAGAGCCAGAGGAGCAGGUGUCACGGGAGGGCAGCGAGCGAGGCCAGGCCAGGAGAAGCAACCGCAGCCUCCUAUGAUCGCCCCUUCCCGACCCACCCCAGGCGUCAGGAGUUCCGCGCCCGCGUCGUCCGGGGGCCCACCAUGCUGGUGACUGCCUACCUUGCUUUUGUAGGCCUCCUGGCCUCCUGCCUGGGGCUGGAACUGUCAAGAUGCCGGGCUAAACCCCCUGGAAGGGCCUGCAGCAAUCCCUCCUUCCUUCGGUUUCAACUGGACUUCUAUCAGGUCUACUUCCUGGCCCUGGCAGCUGAUUGGCUCCAGGCCCCCUACCUCUAUAAACUCUACCAGCAUUACUACUUCCUGGAAGGUCAAAUUGCCAUCCUCUAUGUCUGUGGCCUUGCCUCUACAGUCCUCUUUGGCCUAGUGGCCUCCUCCCUUGUGGAUUGGCUGGGUCGCAAGAAUUCUUGUGUCCUUUUCUCCCUGACUUACUCACUAUGCUGCUUAACCAAACUCUCUCAAGACUACUUUGUGCUGCUAGUGGGGCGAGCACUUGGUGGGCUGUCCACAGCCCUGCUCUUCUCAGCCUUCGAGGCCUGGUAUAUCCAUGAGCACGUGGAACGGCAUGACUUCCCUGCUGAGUGGAUCCCAGCUACCUUUGCUCGAGCUGCCUUCUGGAACCAUGUGCUGGCUGUAGUGGCAGGUGUGGCAGCUGAGGCUGUAGCCAGCUGGAUAGGGCUGGGGCCUGUAGCGCCGUUUGUGGCUGCCAUCCCUCUCCUGGCUCUGGCAGGGUCCUUGGCCCUUCGAAACUGGGGGGAGAACUAUGACCGGCAGCGUGCCUUCUCAAGGACCUGUGCUGGAGGCCUGCGCUGCCUCCUGUCGGACCGCCGCGUGCUGCUGUUGGGCACCAUACAAGCUCUAUUUGAGAGUGUCAUCUUCAUCUUUGUCUUCCUCUGGACACCUGUGCUGGACCCACACGGGGCCCCUCUGGGCAUUAUCUUCUCCAGCUUCAUGGCAGCCAGCCUGCUUGGCUCUUCCCUGUACCGUAUCGCCACCUCCAAGAGGUACCACCUUCAGCCCAUGCACCUGCUGUCCCUUGCUGUGCUCAUCGUCGUCUUCUCUCUCUUCAUGUUGACUUUCUCUACCAGCCCAGGCCAGGAGAGUCCAGUGGAGUCCUUCAUAGCCUUUCUACUUAUUGAGUUGGCUUGUGGAUUAUACUUUCCCAGCAUGAGCUUCCUACGGAGAAAGGUGAUCCCUGAGACAGAGCAGGCUGGUGUACUCAACUGGUUCCGGGUACCUCUGCACUUACUGGCUUGCCUAGGGCUCCUUGUCCUCCAUGACAGUGAUCGAAAAACAGGCACUCGGAAUAUGUUCAGCAUUUGCUCUGCUGUCAUGGUGAUGGCUCUGCUGGCAGUGGUGGGACUCUUCACCGUGGUAAGGCAUGAUGCUGAGCUGCGGGUACCUUCACCUACUGAGGAGCCCUAUGCCCCUGAGCUGUAACCCCACUCCAGGACAAGAUAGCUGGGACAGACUCUUGAAUUCCAGCUAUCCGGGAUUGUACAGAUCUCUCUGUGACUGACUUUGUGACUGUCCUGUGGUUUCUCCUGCCAUUGCUUUGUGUUUGGGAGGACAUGAGGGGGGUGAUGGACUGGAAAGAAGGUGCCAAAAGUUCCCUCUGUGUUACUCCCAUUUAGAAAAUAAACACUUUUAAAUGAUCA